AUUCUAACUGUUGAACCAAAGAGGCCACAGAAAACUCUGCUACUGGUUUUUAGAACAUAGCGGAGACCCGCCGCUUCAUCAUCUCUUUCUAGCGCAGGAUAAGAACCUGUACUUCCUAUGCGCGUCUAAACUCGCUCACACCUAUGGGCCACGCUUCCGCUCUUUCUCCAUGCUUUCAACCUAAGAUUUCACUUAGCCUGCAAUCCGAAGCCUUUGGCAUCUCUGCCUCGUGCUAUCGUGCUCACGGUUUGCUAUUGUCCUUCCCCAACACUGCAUCGUCCUUUCCUAGUAGGCGAACAUGUUUCAGGUUCAGCACUCUGGUUGUGAGGGCGGCUGACGGUGGUGCGCGGCGGCAGUCCAGUGUCCGGAGAGUUUACAGGCAGUCUCAGGGAGAGAGUGCGUUUCGUAGUGCUCCGGUCCAGCAGAUUACCUCCUUUGUCGUGCCGGCCGGCGCGUUUGUCGCCUUUACAUUCGUUUUGUGGAAAUUGGUGGAGAAAAUCUUGAUGCCAAAACCAAAAGGGCCAACAUUGGUGGAAAAUAAAUCUCCUGCUCCUGCAAAAGGAAUGAAUUGGUCCUUUGCUGCUGGCACAAAUUUAUUUCCUGGUCUCACUGCAAAGAUAGACAGAGAGUCCAAGCAGAAGCUUAAUGAAUUUGCCAAAGAAAUUAGGUCAUUCAGCAUUGUUGACAUGUCAGGGUGUAACUUUGGAGAUGAAGGACUAUUUUUCCUUGCUGAAAGCUUAGCAUACAAUCAGACUCUAGAGGAAGUGAGUUUUGCUGCAAAUGGAAUAACUGCUGAAGGAAUAAAAGCCUUUGAUCGUGUUCUUCAGUCAAACUUUGUAUUAAAGACUCUAAACUUGUCUGGAAACCCUAUUGGAGAUGAAGGAGCUAAGAGUCUAUGUGAUAUAUUAGUAGAUAAUAACAGUAUUGAAAAGCUCCAGCUGAACAGCGCAGACCUGGGUGAUGAGGGUGCAAAGGCAAUUGCAGACUUGCUGAAGAAAAAUUCAAAUCUGCGUGUGAUUGAGCUUAAUAACAAUAUGAUUGAUUAUUCUGGAUUUACAAGUCUUGCUGGAGCAUUUUUGGAGAAUGCCACUGUACGAAGUAUAUAUCUCAAUGGCAAUUAUGGUGGCGCUUUGGGGGCUAAUGCUUUGGCUAAGGGACUUGAGGGAAACAAGUCAUUAAGGGAACUUCAUUUGCAAGGAAAUUCUAUUGGAGAUGAAGGAGUUCGUGCCUUGAUGUCGGGUUUGUCUGCCAGUAAAGUGAAACUUACCCAUCUAGACCUUGGAAACAACUCUAUUAGUGCAAAGGGAGCCUUUCACAUUGCUGAAUAUGUAAAGAAGAGCAAGAGCUUGUUUUGGCUGAAUAUGUACAUGAAUGACAUAGGUGAUCAGGGUGCCGAAAAAGUUGCAGAAGCUCUAAAGCAGAACCGGAGUUUAGCAAUAAUAGACUUGGGUGGAAAUAACAUCCAUGCCAAGGGGAUUAGUGAGAUAGCUCAAGUUUUGAAAGACAACUCUGUCAUAUCAACAUUGGAAGUUGGUUAUAAUCCUAUUGGACCUGAUGGAGCCGAGGCAUUAUCUGAAGUUCUUAAGUUUCAUGGAAGCAUAAAAUCCUUAAAGCUUGGUUGGUGCCAGAUAGGAGCAAAAGGCGCUGAGUACAUUGCAGAUACACUGAAAUAUAAUAAUACCAUAACAAUUCUAGACUUGCGAGGAAAUGGACUUAGAGAUGAAGGUGCAAGAUGCUUGGCUCGUAGCUUGAAAGUGGUGAAUGAAGUUCUAAAUGAGCUCGACUUAGGAUUCAAUGAAAUAAGAGAUGAUGGGGCUUUUGCUAUUGCUCAAGCACUUAAGGCUAAUGAAGAUGUGAAAAUUACCUCUUUAAACCUUGCAAAUAACUUCCUUACGAAAUUUGGGCAGAGUGCUCUCACUGAUGCAAGAGAUCAUGUAUACGAGAUGAAUGAGAAGGAAGUGAACAUUGUUUUCUAGAACAAUUGAAUUGACCAUAAAGGGAAAUAAUUUUUGUUGUAUGCUAGAAUGUGAGGAGCUAUUCUUUUUUGCCUACUCCUUUUCCAGCAAGUUAUAGGUAAAAACUAAAACAUUAAAUAUUUUUGAGCUAUAGCCAACUCAUCAAGCUGAGCAUUUGGAAAUUUUUGACAUUGAGAUAUCAUAUUUAACUUCACCAUUUACAAAUUUGUCACUGUAAAACUUUUUCCCGACUUUAAUAGAGUUCAGAAUUAGAUACAA